AGUCAACUAAUGCUGUUGUUCGAAACUGUUUCUUUUACCAGUUUCAGAUAAUAAUAAAAAUAAUAAUUAAAAAAAAAACAUUUGAAAACAUCAUAUUUGUAAGUUUUGUUUUUGUAUCUUUAAAAUAGUAAUCAAAUUAUGGUUCUUGAAAACAUAACCAGACGGGCCCAUAGUUUUCCCAACGUUUACGUACCUCUUAUAAGAUUAGGAAUUACAUGGUUGGUGAACUAUGAAUUUUAUUAGGGUGAUUCCAAAGUAUCUGCUAGGGGUGGAAUACAUCUGCUAAAAGGGAUGCGAUUGGGGGUCUUGCCACUCAAAAUCCACAGGUGCAAACCUGUAGUAUUAGUCAUCGUCUUCCCCCCCGCCCCCCCCCCCCCGCGGGCGCGCCUCUUCUCUCUCUCUCUCUCUCUCUCUCCCAUGGGCAAAAAAAGAAAAAAAAAACUUUUAUGUGAUAAUGCUUCAUUUCCUAAAUUUUGGACAAUGCUUCAGCAAAAACACCUAUGUAAUAAUAAAAAGUGAGAAUAGCAUUUCUGGAUAAUGCUUCAUUCCCUAAUUUAUUUUGGAAGAUAUGAUUUCAUAUUUCCUGCUUUAACCAAUGGAAGGCCUAGACAUGACUUAUGCUCCAAAAGGAUUAGUCAAUGAUACAAUUGGAGUUCCAGUGGAACCUUAUAAAGAGCAAGAACUUAUUCUUCCUAAGCAAUAUGGUUCAAUUGUUCCCAAUGUGGCCGUGUUCCCCUAGAAACAUGAUGACUAAUUCGGGACCCCCUUUGGCUGAAACUUGACUUUUCGUCAUUUACCAUCAAUAGAACUUGUUUUUAAAUGGUAUUGAAAGUUUCUGUCAUGGUAGAGAAGUUUUUUUAAGUCACCCUGGAGAAGUUAAAAUCUAGCAAUUGCUGACUACAUAUGUUCUCCACCACGUGUUCAAUGCGAAGGCAGCCAUGCCCAGAGAAGAUGGACAAAUCUUGGAUGCAUAUCUCUGAUCGGCUUAGAUCCAAUGAAUAUGAUGAAGGGGUCAGGACAUUCAUGGCUAUGGCAUUGGCCAAUGCACGUGGAAGUGAUAGGAUAAGGUGUCCAUGUCGUCGAUGCCGUAAUUACUACUUCCAGCCAAUAGCGACUGUGGAGGAUCAUUUGUUCAUAAUUGGGAUUGAUCCCCGUUAUACAAAAUGGAUAUUUCAUGGGGAGGAAGAAUUAUUGAAUACUACUUUUUCAGAUGAUAGUAAAGAUGUCAAUGACAGUGAAGAUGAUAGUGAAGAUGUCAUUGACGACAUGGAUGAUAUGUCAAAAGGCCUUCAAGCUGGAGCAUUUAUGGAUAAUUCUGCAAGGCAUCGUGGAGGUACUCAAGAUCCAACAUUCCAAACUGGAAAAAUGGUGCAUAUCUCGAAAGUGAGAAGGAAAGGUACCCAAGUGUCUGCAGCCAGAAGCAUGUCCCAACAAUCACAACAGCCCAUAGGCCAUCUAGGAGAUGAGGUUGGCAUAGGCUCUGAUGACUCAGCGCAAGCACCUGAAAAGAAGAUUGAGGGGUCCAAUGAUGCAACCGAGGCACAGCCGAAUGUGGAAGUGAAUGUUCCACCCACAAGGAAACGUGGUCGUGGUGCAGCCAAGAGCACUUGGUUUGAUCGCCUUCGCAAGCUAGGUAAGAUACCGCUGAAAAUUAAGGAGGGCCAAACAGCUCCAUCGUGUGAAAAUGCCACAAUCUUCGCUGGGCGAGUGACAUGGAUUGUGAAGUUGCAUGCGGAAAUGAGGCGAGCUAGCUGGACUCAUGUACCCGAAAAUGAGAAAGAGGAAUUAAUUGAUCGUGUCCGGGAUGAUUUUAUAUUAGAUUGGACAAAAGCCAAUCAUCGUCAAACAGUGAUAAGGGCACUUUCGCGGCAGUAUAAUGCUUUCCAUUAUCAGUUGCGCCAAAAAUAUUUGGAGUAUGGCUCACAUGAAAUUGCACUGUCUAGUGGGACAACACUGGUAAAACAGCCAGUCUGGGAAUGGUUAUGUGAUAGGUGGAACAGCGAAGGAUUCAAGAAGGUGUCUUUGCAAAACACUGCUAAUAGGCAGAAGCAAAAGGUGAAGCACACUUGUGGGAGAAAAUCAUUUGUUAGGAUGAUGGAAGAGAAGCGUCAGGGCUGUCCAAACCUGGGAGCAUCUUACAAGGAAAUACACUGCUCGAGGAAGAAGUCUACAUUUGUUGAUGCUACAACUGAACACAGUCAUAAUCAAGUGGUUGAAACACUGAAUGAGAUGGAACAGAAUGAAAAUAUAAAUGAUGCUGCAGCAGCUGCAUUCAGAGAGGGGCCGGGAUCGGGCUAUGUGCGAGGUUUGGGACACUCCGUUAAACCUGGAGCACCUCCAUCUGUGUGUAACAGCCUUGAAUUCCACCGCAUUGUUGCCAAAAAUGAGAAAAAUUUCAACAAUGCAGAAUACCACAAGGACCAGUUUGAGACAUUGAAGUGUGAUUUGCUAGCCCUUAGGAACCGCAUGAAACAGUUUGAUCAACGAAUCAAUUCCUACAUGUCAAAAAUGAAGUCCCACAGAGAGUCUCAACGAGAUGCUCCGGGGGAUGUUUAGGCUACAUUUUGGGAGCCAAGGCCUUUUUUUGAUUUUUUGCUUAUUUUGAAGAGGAGAUGAGCUGAAAAGUAUGGGAAGAACCAAGAUGGAUUUUGGUCAGCAUCGAAAAUUCUGUUUAAUACGGCAGGUGUCAUGAGAAAGAAAGGGAAAAGGUUUUUUGUGGUGGUACUUAGUAAUCAAAGAUGAUAACCCUAUUAUAUCUACGUGAAUGAUCAAGCCUGAUGCUCAAGAUUGUGCUGGGGGAUUUCAUUAAUGGAAGCUGACAUAGAUUUUUGAAAAGGUGCCAUAGUUGAAUCAGGAACGAUCAGAUUCCAGAAGAGCAUACUACUGGAUUCCAUGAAGCUGGAUAUGUGAACGGAUAUCAGUCAGCCUUAAUUUACAGCAACAGGAUUGUCUUGUACAUGUAUAUAUAUCAUCUCAUUGUACAAGACUGCUGGUAUGAACCUCCUAUAUAUAUAUAUAUAUAUUUAUAUAAUUUUAUAAGGAAGUCUUACAUCGUA